CCAAUGUCUCCAACUAGACCCCCCAUUCAUGAAUAAUUUCUGUACCAAAUCUAUGACAAAGUUUUCUCCUUAGCUAUAUAUAUAUAUAUGCAUUUGCUCAUGGUUAGUCCCAAGCAAUUCAAGUCUAAGCGUUCUCUAUCAAACACUUUCUAUUCAGUUCCUUUGAAAUCACUGUUUUCACAACAAAUAAGGAUCAGGCAUAAUGGGUUUCGGCUUCCGUGGGUUUCAAAGGCGUGUGAACAUCCCAAAGGGCAGUGUAGCAGUGUAUGUGGGAGAAAACCAGAAGAAGCGUUUUGUGGUUCCCAUAUCAUACUUGAACCAACCUUCUUUCCAAGAGUUGCUGAGUCAAGCUGAACAAGAAUUUGGAUUUGAUCAUCCAAUGGGUGGCCUCACACUUCCUUGCAGAGAAGAUGUCUUCCUUCAAGUCACUUCUCGCUUGCACAGGCGAUAGACAGAUUUCAUACUCAAGUCUCAAUAAGAAUCAACUAAUUGUUUCUGUAGAAAUGACAAAAUUUAAACAUGUAUAUACUUUUUUCAUCUUUCAAUUUUGUUCUCCCGGAAAGAUAUACAUACUGUAACAGAAUUCUAUGAAUACAAGAUUAUCAGAGGCUUUUU